AUGGAGGUACAGGUGGUUCUGUCGCCAGAUAUGGCGUCGAACGCGCACUCUGCCGCCAUAUUCGAAACCACCAAUAACGAUGACGCCAGCAAUGAUACGCCGCCCACAUCUCUGCCAGCAGUCCUUGCGGCCUUUGUUCCUUCGCUAAUAGUUGCGAUCUUCUACAUUGCGCUGUUCAUGAUACUGCGAAAACCAUUCCGUAGGAUCUACUCACCUAGGACAUACAUUGACUUGAUACCCGAAAAACACCGCACGCCCUCUUCAAGCACUUCCCGCUUAGACUGGAUCAGUGCAUUACUCAAGCUUGACGAUAGAUUCAUCCUUGAGCACUCGUCCCUUGAUGGGUACUUGUUUCUACGUUUCCUGAGGACCAUCAUCUUCAUCUGCUUCGUCGGGUCGUGUAUAACAUGGCCCAUCUUAUUUCCUGUUAAUGCCACUGGAGGGGGGAACCUCUCGCAGUUGGAGAAGAUUGGAUUCGGCAAUGUCGCCGAUACUUCGAGGCUAUGGGCCCAUGUCGCCGUGGCAUGGCUCGUUUACAUUUUUGUCAUGUAUGUUGUGGCACGCGAACGCCUAUGGCUCAUUGGACUGCGGCAAGCAUGGCAACUAUCCAAGUCGAACGCCUCCCGCCUUUCAUCGCGCACCGUUCUUUACCUCGACCCUCCAAAAGAAGCGCCCCUUCACGGCGACCUGACCUUGAACUAUGGGCAAGAGGCACGGAAGCAGUGGGUGGUCCGCUCCACUGACAAACUUGACCACGUUGUGAGCUCAAGAGAUUCGAAGGCCACCAAACUUGAGUCUGCUCAAGUCUCCUUUUUGCAGAAAACUACCAAGAAGCGAUCCAAGCUGUCCAAGAAGCAGGGACAUGAUGUCGAGCUCUCAGAAGAGACAAUCGACGAGCUACGACCAACACAGAAGCGCUUCUUCAUUACAGGUGAAGGCAGAGACAAGAUUUCCCACCUCCGAGAAAAGUUGGAACAAGCUGCGCGCGAAGUUGAGGAGAAACGGGAGGGUUUCAGUACUGAUGAAAGCCAUGGACGGUUCGCCGUCUUUGUCGAAUACCAGUCCCAAUCGGCAGCCCAGAGAGCAUAUCGGGCAGCCCCAAAGUCUCAUCUGCCAGCGUCAACCAAUCUCGCGAUCGACACCAAGUUGAUUGGCGUUCUACCGAAAGAAAUCAUUUGGAGCAACCUUGCUCUACCGCAAGCAAUUCGGGUCUCUCGAAAGACCAUUGGAAACUUGACUAUUGCAGCACUGAUAUUCUUCUGGUCAGUCAUAUCAGCAUUUGUGGGAACGGUGUCCAACGUCAACUACCUCAGCAAUAACGUCGAGUGGCUUCAUUGGCUGCAAGACUUGCCAGCGCCAAUUCUGGGAGUAUUGACUGGUUUUGUGCCACCUUUGAUUACAAGUUUGCUCUCGUCAUACGUGCCCAUUUUCAUGAGAUACGUUGCCAAGAAGUCUGGUGAGCCCACCACGGUGACUGCAGAACUCCAAGUGCAGAAUUGGUACUUCAUGUUCCAAAUCAUUCAAGUUUUCUUUGUGACAGCAUUGUCUUCCUCGGCGACGGCUCUGAUACCAGCCAUUAUCUCUCAACCCCAUCAAGUUCCGCUCUUACUUGCCGAGAACCUCCCCAAGUCGUCAAAAUUUUACUUGACAUACUUUAUCCUGCAAGGCCUUGGCUCAUCCGCAUCGAACAUUCUUAACCAGUCCGAUCUCUUGAAAUACUAUCUACUGGACUGGUUUUGGAACACGACACCGAGACAAAAGUACGAUCAGUUUACAAGUCUCAAGAGUAUGAGUUGGGGCAAGCUUUAUCCAAAGUUUACCAAUUUUGUCAUCAUCGCAUUGGCUUAUGCUUGCAUCAGCCCGCUCGUCAUGGGUUUUGCUUCCGCAGGAUUAUCAAUCUUUUAUCUAAGCUAUCGCCACAACCUCUUCUUUGUGGUCCAGCCCAAGCUCGAGACGAAGGGCAGGUGCUAUACUCGAUCUCUUUCUCAAAUAUUGACCGGCGUUUAUGUUGGUGAACUGGCUUUGAUCGGGUUGAUGGGCCUCCGAAAAGCAACAGGACCAUCGAUCCUGAUGGCCAUUCUUUUUGUUGGCACGGCCAUUUACAAUCACUUUAGCAACAGGUUCUUGAAUCCACUAGAGGACCAUUUACCCACCAAGCUGAUUGGUGAGGGGGAGGGUGAAGAAGAUGCACUACUGGCGGCCGAGGAAGGUGAGGAAGUCCUUGAAGAAGCCCAUGACCGCUCAAGGAUCCAUCACUUGGGUCGUGAUGUUCGCGUGCCUCACCGCAUCCUGGAUCCUAUUGCCCGUUUCUUUGAGCCUCAGAUAUACACAUCGCAUCGGGUCAUGAAGCGCUAUCUGAAGGAUACGGAUGUUGAUCCUCCGAAUUACACUAAAGACGAUCAUGAGAACGCCUACAGUCAUCCGAACCUGACAUCAAAGACACCUAAAAUCUGGUUACCAUCUGACAAGGCCAAGCUUAGCAAGAAGGAGAUUGAGGCAAACUCGCAAGCCGGAAUUACUACCACAGAUGAGGGUGCAUGGUUGGAUGAUAAGGGUCGCGUAAAAAUUGAACGCGAUGACCUUAGGAGUCUUCCUCUAUGGAAGGAUACAACACUAUACUAA